CCACAGCACAAAAUUCAAAGGCUCACGCAAAAACUACCGAUCGAGAUUUCUAGAGAGAGAAAAUUGAAGAAUUCAAAAAAAUUAAACCUCAAUUCAAGCAACGAAUCGGAUUCCAAAAAUUAGGUUCGAUUACCUAAAAAGCUCAAUUCGCCCCAAAAAAAAAAAAAGAGAGUCCGAAUAUCUCUGUAAUUGUUUUCAAUUUUCGGAGGUUUUUUCUUAGCGAUAAUUUGAGGAGUAACUGUUCCGAUUUGAUUUACGAUCUGUUUUUUUUAAAAAAAUUUUGGUUAGGGUUUUGGUGGGUUGUGGAGUAAAAUGAACGAGCAAGGAAAAAUGAUGAAUCAACAACAGAGGAUGAGUAUGAGUCAAAACCAAAUGCUAAGUAUGAGUCAACAACCUCAGAUCUUAAAUCCACAGCUUCAACAGCAGCAGCCACCACAGAUGAUGAAUCGGAACUACAGGAUGUGGCCGCAGCAGCCUCUGCCACCGCCGUCAGUCGACCAGCUGAAAUUUCAAAACCCUAACCCCAAUAUGAAGCAAUUUGUUACUGGAAAGCAGCAUUCCAAGCCCUUGGGACCUCGGAAUAAUUGGAAGGGUAAAAAGGUAAAUAAGAAGGAACAGAGAAUGGAUGCUGCAAGGCGGAACGAGAUUUUAGGAAGUAGCGGUAGUAGUACCAAUGCUCAAGGUGGUGGAUAUAAGCCGCCUACGUUAAAUGACUUGCAACAGCAAAACCGAUUGAAGGCCCGGAGAUUUUUCCCUAAGAAGAAAUUUUAUCAUAACAAUAAUAAUAACAUGAAUGCACCUUAUGCGCCUCGGAACACAUCUUCAUAUAUCAUUAGGGCGAAAAAAAGUGGUGGUAUUGCUUCUUUGGUGUCCCCUUGCCCUGUAACUCCGGCUGUGUUGCCGACCCCUAUUUUCUCCCCGUCGAGGGAGGUGUUAGUAGAUAUGGCUAAAGAGGAGUGGGGAGUGGAUGGGUACGGAUCGAUGAAUGGGUUGAUUAGGCUGAGAUCGCCUGGUCAUGAGGUAGAAGGACACGAGGAUGAGGAAGAAGAGGAGGGAGGUUCGAGUGAGAGUGAUGUGGAAGAACAUGUGGAAGUGGAGAGGCGGUUGGAUCAUGAUUUGAGCAGGUUUGAGAUGAUUUACCCGAAUUAUAGCGGGAUGGAGUACAACAAUGUGUUGGGAAACCGUGUGGAUGAUCAAGAUACACAUAUUGCUCAGUUAGAGGAAGAGAACUUGAUUUUGAAGGACAGGUUGUUCUUGAUGGAGAGGGAGUUGGGUGAUUUGAGGAGGAGGUUGCAAAGUCUUGAGAGGAGGGGUCGUGGAUGCGAGGAGAUGACUGAGGAGGUAGUGGAGAAUGAGUCUGAGAGUGAGAGUCAUGAGGAUGGCCAUUCUUUGGAGGAUAACAAUGUUGAACUGGUUGAAGGGCACAUGGAAGGAGUUGGGAAUGUGAAAGGGAAGGAAGAAGAUAGGAUUGAGGAUGACGUUGAAUUGGCAGAAAAUGAGGUGAAAGUUGGAGAAGAAGGUGAAAAGGCUAAUCGUAAUGGGAACGAGGAAGCUUUUGAAAAGGAAUCUGAUAAAGUAGGAAAAGAAGAUGAAGAAGUUGAUGGCAAUAGGAUGGAUGAAGCUUUUGAAAAGGAAAUAAUUGCUGAUGAUGGAAGCAAGGGUGAAGUGAACGACGAUAAGGAUCUGAAAGCUGGGAAUGAGGUUCAGUUCACUCCAUUAAACAAGAACAUUGAAAACAAGGUACAGGGAUUAGAUAAUGCAAGUUUGGGAGAUGAUACUAUGGAGGAGGCUUCUAGAGUGGAUGUUGAAGCGGUUUCCCAGACCAAGAAGGAAGAUGAAUUGCCAGGAAAUGAAUGAAUGAUCAGGGAAGAGCAUUUGCGAUG